GAGAGACAGAAGGCGAUGUACCGGAGCGUCAUGGAAGACUGUGCCCUGUCCAAGCCUGAGCUGUUACUACAGCUGGAAAGAGAAGAGCUGAGCACGCCGCUGGAAUCGGAGCCAGAGGCAGCAGACAUGUCCCCAGAGGUGGCUGUAGAGCCAGCCCGACAGAACUGCACCAGCAAUGACAUGCUGCUGGAGACAGAGGCAAUGGAGAGGGGCUGCAGGGAGCCAGAGGAAAGUGGGAAUGUGGCAGAGAGAAGUGGGAGCUUGGUAGAGGAUAGCAAGAAUCUGGUGGGGGAAAGCAGGAGCCCAUUGGAGAUAUGUGAGAACCUGGCAGAGGAAAGCAAGAACCUGGUGGAGGAAAACGGGAGCCCAGUGGAGAUAAAUGGGAACCUGGCAGAGGAAAGUAAGAUCCUGGUGAAGGAAAACAGGAGCCCAGCAGAGGAAAACAGGAGCCUGGCAAAGGAAAGCAGGAGCCCAGCAGAGGAAAGUGGGAACCUGAUGGAGGAAAGCAGGAGCCCAGUGGUCCCAGAGAACUGCAGCACACGUGAGUGCCUGGCAAAUCCUUCUGCUGUUUCAUGGGGUCCUGCAUCCCUUUCCAGCUGUUCCUCACCCACCUUCAUCACUGCUCUUGCCCUCACAGCACCCGUCCCUCUGGAAGGUGCUGCUGUCCUGGUGGAUCUCAGCCAGCUGACCCCGUCCCCUCCCUGCCCGCUCUCCGUGUUCUGUCAGGAAGCUGAGGGUCAGAACUCUUCUCCCCUUGCAGCAGGAGAUGCUGAGGCACGGAUCCCAACAGAGGUGCUGCAGGAGGAGGUUGUUGCAGAGAAGCUGUUGAUGCCCAAAACACCCUCUGAGGGUCCAGAAGAGGACAAGUGUCCAGAAGAGCAGGCUGGGAAAGAUUCAGGAAAUACUGGCCAAGAUUUGGUCGCCAACAUUCCUGAAGAACCAGGAAAGGAGGUGACACCAGAUGUCUGCAGACCGACAGAACAGGCAGAUCCCAGCCCAGGAGAGCUGGAGAAGGGCUCCUGUGCGGGCCGACCGACAGCCUUGCAGCGAAAUUCUGCCAAGGAAUUUUACUCCUGCCCCAUCUGCAGGAAAACCUUCCUGCUGAAGAUCAACCUCCUUAUCCAUGAGCGUGGCCACACCAAUUGGGUGCCCUAUGUCUGCGUCCACUGCGACCGCAAGUUCAUGUCCAAGAAGAAAAUCAGGCGGCACCUCCGUGCCUGGGCAGCCAACGGGACGUGCCAGCCCUCGGAGCCCAGCCAGGUGCCAUGCCCAGCAUCCCAUCCCCAAACCUGGGCAGCUAACGGGACGUGCCAGGCCUCAGAGCCAGAGAAGUGUCCCAGUAGGACACCGUGCCCAACAUCCCAGCCCCAGACCUGGCCACCCAAUGGCUCCUGCCAGCCCUUGGAUACAAAGGCGUGUCCCAUCCAGGGCAUCCCAUGCCCAACAUCCCAACCUCAAAACUGGCCACCCAAUGGCUCCUGCCAGCCCUUGGAUGCAAAAGCAUGUCCCAGCCAGGGGCCAUGCCAAACAUCUCAAUGCCCAACAUCCCAGGCCCAAACCUGGGCAGCCAACAGCUCCUGCCAGCCCUCGAAGCCAGAGGAGUGUCCCAGCCAGACCCAGUGCUCAUCCUCCCAGCCACAAGUCCCGAGCAGGGACUGUGGCACAGUGUGGCAGGAGCCCAGCCCCGCCAGUUGCUCGCUGUCACCUGGGAAAAUGAUGUACACGUGUAACGAGUGCCUGGAAACCUUCUCCAACCAGAUCUUCCUGACGGUGCACCAGCGCCGGCACUCUGGCCACCACCUCAUCCUGUGUCCCUGCUGCAACCGGAGCUUCACCUGGGUCUCGGACUUUGUCCGGCAGCACUGGAUGUACAUGGGUGUCCGGCCCCACCAGUGUGGCAUCUGCCAGAAGACCUUCAAGAGGUUCUCCCACCUCAAGGUACACCAGAGGAUCCACAGGCGGCAGGAGAGGCCGUUCACCUGUGCCAACCCGGUGCCCGUCGUGGCGGCACCCGCAGCAGGAGACGGGGUGGGAAGCCAGGAUGUGACCCCUCAGGGAUGGGGCGCUGCUGUGGGACCUUGAGGUGUCCUCUUGGGAACAGGAGGCUGCUGUUGGACCUCAGGGUGUACUCCCAGGGAUGGGAAGCUGCUGCUGAAAUCUGAGAUGACCUCCCAUAGCCUUGAAGUGACGUCCCAGAGACCUGAGGUGACCUCCCGGGAUGCUGCUUGUGGAUUUUGAGGUGACUUCCCAAACACAAGCUGCUGCUGACAGACUUUGAGUUGACCUCCCUAGGAUAGGAGGCUGCUGUCUGAUCUUGAGGCAAAGAAUAGGGUGCUGCUGAUGGACUUUCAGGUGUCCUCUCAGGACUGGGAUGCAUGAUGAACUUUGAGGUGUCCUCCCAGGAAUAAGAUGCUGCUGUUGAACCUUGAGGUGACCUCCUGGGAAUGGGAUGCUGCUACUGAACCUUGAAGUGACUCCCAGGGAUGUGAUGCUGCUGCCAGAUCUUGAAGUGACCUCCUGGGGACCAGAGGGCACUGUCAGACCUCCUCUCUCUCUCUCUCUCUCUCUCUCUCUCUCUCUCUCUCUCCAGAUG